AUGACUUCAACUAUGAAAUACUGGAACGCAUUUAGCUUUUUUGUCAUUGUGGUCAAUUAUAAUGUGACCCUUGUAGGAAAGAUUUGGUUAAUCUACAUGAUCCUGAUGAGACUGAUGGUGAUCCUGUUUGGGGCUUACCCUGUCUAUGAUGAUGAAUUGACAGGUCUGGUCUGCAGCACUGAAGAGCCAGGAUGUUCAAGCGUGUGCUAUGAAGCUUUUAUUACUGUCUCUCAAGUUCGCUUCUGGUUCUUUGAGUUUGUGUCUGUCAUGAUUCCUAUGGCCGCAUUUGUUAUGUGUAUCUUGCAUAGUGUGGUCAAGCAAGUGGUGAAGAUCUAUUCUUUCCCUUGCACUUAUUGCAAACAGACCAAAAUAUCCACUAUCUUCAGAGGUGCAGAAACCAUCUUCAAUGAUGCAGAAAAGAGCAGAAUCACUUGCACGGCCCAUGAAUUGUCGAUCCCUGACUUCUCACGGGCCUAUGCAAUUCAGCUCUUUGUGAGGCUGAUGAUAGAAGUUAGUUUCAGAAUUGGCAGCUAUUGUUUGUUUGGUUUCUUUGUUCAGAAAUUUUACAGUUGUGCCGAGGAACCUUGCCCAGGUAAAAUAAACUGCUUUAUCCCCAGGGCAACUGAAAAAUCUGCCAUGAUUAUCUUACUGUGGAUUGUCAGUGGUUUCUCCUUAACUCUUGGCCUGGUUGACCUGUUUGUGGCUAUCAAAGAUUGCAGGAAUAAGCGGUCUGGAGCCAGCACAGCCGAGUUAUUCAGGAACCGCCUGUGCCAAGAACGGAGACCAAGCCGAGAUUUGUUCAGCCUGAGAAACGUCGUCAUUGCUGAGGAUUGUACCACUCUCCCGAAGAAAACCUACAAGAAGGAACGGCACCCUGCAAAAGGUCUCAGCUGUUAA